UAUAUCCAUCUCUCUCUCUCACACACACAAAAGAAACGUGUAUAACGAGUAUUUUCAAUAAAAGCUCUCUGCCUCUACCCACCAGAAAUUAGGUUUCGUCUACCUCUUACUGUUAUCCUCCCAAAAAUUUGAACCAUACCAAAAUCAAUCAAACCCUUAGAUUGCUUUCCAAAAGGGUUUGUGUUUUUAACUUCUUGAUCCUUCUUUAUCGACUUAAAAAGCUUCCAUUUUUAUGGCCUCUGCUACACUGCCACGCUUCUUUAUCAUCUUCACUUUGCUUCCCCUGAUCACACAUUCUAUCCCUUUUGUUGUCUUUCAUGGCGUUGCGGAUAGUUGCACCAAGAAAGGAGUCACACAUUUCACGGAUCUUUUAAGCAAUUGGUCCAAUACUCAAGGAUAUUGCAUAGAAAUAGGAAAUGGAGUGUGGGAUUCAUGGUUUAUGCCCUUUUCGGAACAGACGGAGAUUGCUUGUGAAAAGGUGAAGAGUAUGAGUGAACUCAGUCAAGGUUACAACAUAGUUGGACUUUCCCAGGGUAACAUGGUCGGCCGAGGAGUUCUUGAGUUUUGUGAUGGAGCUCCUCCUGUGAAGAACUUCAUAUCAGUAGCAGGUCCUCAUGCUGGGGAAGCAUCAAUCCCGUUUUGUGGUACUGGUUUGAUGUGCAUUAUUCUCGACAGUUUGAUGAAGUUAGCGAUUUAUAGCACGAGACUCCAGGAACACUUAGCUCCAUCAAAUUACAUCAAGAUCCCAACUGAUCUUGAUGGAUAUCGAGAAGGGUGUACAUUCCUCCCGAAGCUAAACAAUGAGUUCGAAAAAAACGCUACUUACAAAGAAAGGUUCACUAGCUUGCAGAAGUUAGUGCUUAUAAUGUUUGAUGAAGAAUCAGUUUUGGUACCGAAAGAAACCUCAUGGUUUGGGUACUUCCCUGAUGGAGCUUGGGAUCCAAUUCUUCCUGCACAAGAGACGAGACUGUAUACCGAAGACUGGAUCGGUUUGAGGACGUUGGACGAGGCCGGAAAGGUAGAGUUCGUAAACGUGACGGGUGGACAUCUCGAUAUAAGCGAUGAUGAUAUGAAAAAAUACAUGGUGCCGUAUCUGGUAGAUGAAGAUGCACCCGAGAGUUCGAUUCGGUUAGAAUCGGAUUCCCGUGGGCCACCUUCGUCUACUUCGUCUGGUGCCAUGGGUUCCGUUAGAAAACUAAUUGGACAACAAGAUCUGCAACUAAACGUCAUUCAUCGCCCCUGAUACAAAAUUAUCGUUCAUUUCAUCGGUGAAUAUAAUAUUCCAAGGACUCGUGUUCAAUGUCAAAAACUCGAUUCUUAUUUCUUUGUUCGAGUGUCGAGCACUUUCUGUUCAUCGUUUGAUCGGUUUUGAGAAAAUUGUUCAAGAACAGCGGUUCCGAGAUCUCGGAUUUUGGAGUCAAAUCUUUAGCAAGUCUCGAUCGCAUUGAAGUUUAGAGAUUUACAUGAAAACUCUUGUAAAACGACACAGACGUUACACGAAAUCGAUUUUAUAGAACGUUAAAUGUAUAAUUGUCUA